GGUGGUUUGGCAAAUAGUUUGCUAUCCUUAAUUAGAUUAUUAAUGCAAUACAAAUUUUAUAAGUUUUUUUUCCAGUGCACGCUCAUUUGUCGACGUUUAUCUGGACAUAAGAGUGCUAUUUACGGACAAAGAUAAAUACUUGACAUUUUUCCAUUGGCUGGCUGUUAUUAAAUAGCGCUAGACAAAUAGUAAAUUGUUAAAACAAUCGUAAAAAAUGUAUCUACAAACUUUAUUCAAUGUAUACGUAGUUAGUUAUAGUUUACGUAUGUAUGUAUAGCAAAUUAUUCACUGUCCAAUGCACGCUCAUUGGCCGUCAUUAACCUGGGCUUUUCGAGUGCUAUUUGCGGACAAAUAGAAAUAUUUAACAAAAUACCUUUGGAUAGCUCGUUUCGAUGGCGCUUUCCAACAUUCAUUUGUUAAAACAGUUUAAAAAUAUUAGGAGAAAAACAUAUGAGUAUUUUGUGCAGUUUGAGGUAAUAAGUAAUUUAUUAUAAGGCUUGCUGAGCAUGAUAUACAAAGUACCAUAUUAAAGAUGAGUACUACUUGAAGUACCACGUUGCCAAAUAGCCAGAUGUUAAUUGCCACACCACGUGCUAAUAAAUAACCUAUGAAUUGAUUUACAUGCAUGUGUACAUAAAUGUAUGUGUCACCGUACACGAUACAUAAGGAAAACGUAGCUUCAUACAUAUUAUACUCCUGAGUACAAAUAAUUCAGCCCAGCAGUGCAUUUUCUUUUGGCGCUUACUGUAUUAACUGAUAUACAAACAUAUGUACAUGCUUAUGUGUACAUGUAUGUACAUGCAUACAUAUGUACAUAGGUACUCACUUUGUAAUCACGACUUUUGUUAAAGCAGUGGCCAUUCAAAACUUCAGUGUAAAAUGCUCUUCGUAGAAUGUUAAUUGUUCGUUACAGUGGAAUCAUAAAAUAAACCAUAAAAUGGCCCACGCACAGCAACAUCCGCAGGUAGAAUUGCUAUUGGUAGCCAUAACACGAAGCAUCACCCACAUUUUCAAUGGGAUCACGAACUAGGCAAUCAGUUAAAGAGAAAUAAAAUAAAAGUCAGCAUGUUGCAAGCAAGACAACCUUCCUUUCGAAAUGGUUCAGUUGAUCGCGCUCGCUGGUAGCAAGUAGACGAAUAAAUUUUAAAUUGCAUGCAGGCGGGAAAUUGUAAGAAAACGAACAUGGAUUUCAGAAUACUUUGCCUGUUCAUCAUCAUCAAGUGGUCCUUGGCACGGCAGACUUUAUCGCCUACAGCGACGCGACAACAAGCACUUUAUUUCCAUUCACUUCAAUACUAUCCCAAAUAUCAGAUCAUAAAUGCGCUACCAGAAAAUAAGGAAGAGAGCACAAGCACAGAAAUACCAACCAGCACAAAAGCACCAACGACAAGCACUACGACUGAAGCCAAUUUCAAACAGGCGGCCAAUACGAUUGAGAAUACCAAUAUCGACACUAACAUUUCCACUACAGUGAAUUUGACAACCAAUUCGCUUGAAGCGUCAACAGACAACACAAUUUAUACGGCUGCCGAGUUUCCGCAUGAUCUGCUCGAGAUAGCGCGGUCAAAGCUCGGUCUGAGAAGUCUCGAUGAAGUGCCUAGCAUAAGUGAGCUGGCUGAAUUUCUCGGCACUUCUAAUGCAGAAGAAACCAUUAAGUAUAUACGCCAGCUAACAAACACUGAUCAAGGCAUUGAGCUGAUAAAAGCAUACCUAGAAUCUGCAGACUUCACCGAUCGCACGGAAGAGUCGCGUCGUGGACAACAACAGCAAGAAAUGGACGGUGGACGGACUAUUGUAGAAUCAACAAAGCCUAAGAGCAAUCUGCUCGAGCGCUUAGCAGCCUAUUUUCACAUUUAUAACUUAUGGCCACAAAGUAAUGGCGUCGAUGCUGCUGACGCCCGCAAGCAAGUGCAACAGCAGUUAAGUAAAUACAUUAAACCUCAGCUACAGUAUAGGAAACGCAUGCAAGCAGCAGCCGCACAUCAUGGAGGCGCCCACCCAACAGGCGUACAUCAUCCCCACAAGCCGCUUUUAAUACGUAAUCCAUUACCGUAUCAUUAUCCCAUACCUUUCCGUCCUGUCUUCGGAAAUCGCCUGCCACAACAUAACGACGCUGCUGCAGGCAAUCCAAUGUCAACGACAGUCCAUUUGAACACGCCGAAAUUCUAUGUACCAUCGCAUAUACAAUUGGCACGUGCAGCCAAUAUACCGCCGCAACAAUUGCAAACGCUGCUGCAAAGCAAGCCCAAAUUGGCGGAAUUGGCUGCCAAAGUGAGCCAUUUACCACUGACAAAUGAUCGCUCAUCGCCCAUUGAUGCACAGCUAUUGGCGGCAGUUAAACGCGCUGUAGAACAUGAUGAGGACUUGCGUAAGCUGCUACAGGCGACCGCCGAAACACUUAAGUAGUGAAUUAAGAGUUUGUUUAUGUGCUUAAGUAUUAACAAAAAUGAUUUUCAAAUAAUUAAUGGAAUGUAUAAAUAUAUGAGCGAUGUUUAUAUUUUUGAAACA